AUGAUGCUUCCCGAUCUAGCUAAGAAGUACGCCCAAGAGCGGGAGAAGAGAAUGCGCCCAGAUGGCAUGAAUCAAUUCGUCGACGCCCGCUCUCCUCUGGUGCAGGAUCUUGCUAAAGAUCCAUGGGUUGAUUACGAAGCGUUAGCGGCUCAGGAACUUCCGGUCAAGAAUGGCGACCGGGUCAAGUUUCUGAUUGUCGGCUGUGGCCACAACGGGCUUCUGUUCGCUUCUCGUCUCAUCGGCGCUGGCUUCAAAUCGGAGGACAUACUUCUCGUCGACGUUGCCGGAGGUUGGGGUGGAACCUGGUACUGGAAUCGCUACCCAGGGCUGAUGUGCGAUGUCGAAGGAUAUGUGUAUCUUCCUCUUCUCGAAGAGACUGGCUACAUUCCGAAGCAUAAAUACUCCUUCGGACACGAGAUCAGAGGCCAGUCUGACAGAAUCGCCAAGAAAUGGAACCUCCAGGCUCUUUUCUGCACCAAAGUCAAUGAGAUGAAAUGGGAUAGCAACGGGGCCCACUGGUCUGUUGACAUGACCAGACAGCUGGGAACAGACCGGGAGCCGACAAGCAUUGCGUUGAAGGCCCAAUUCGUGCUCUCGGCUGGCGGUAUUCUCGCCGUGCCGAAGAUUCCCAGAGCCCCCGGAUUCCAAGACUUCCGUGCGCGGCACCAUGUCUUCCACACCUCUCGUUGGGACUAUGCAUACACCGGGGGAUCUCAGGAGAUUCCCGAUCUGGUCAAUUUGCAGGACAAGCGGGUUGCUAUCAUCGGCACUGGUGCAACUGCCGUUCAAGCAGUCCCUCAUUUAGCCCGCUGGGCCAAGCAUCUCUACGUGGUCCAAAGGACACCGUCGUACUGUGGAGAGCGCAGCCAGCGACUGACUACUCUCGAGUCCUGGAAGGAGACAGCAGACGGCACAGGUUGGCAGGAGAGGAGAAGUGACAAUUUCAACCACAUGAUUACAAACGACCCUUUAGAUGUCGAUUUGGUCAACGAUGGUUGGACUGACACCCCAGGAGGAUUUGGGCUCAUCGGCAACCCUGAGAUCGUGACUCCGGAAACCGUUGAAACACAUGUUGAUAAAGCCUUGCGAGUUGACGCGGUACGAACCGAGAAGGUUCGAGCACGUAUCGCGUAUGAAGUGCGGGAUCCGGAUACUGCUGAGAAGCUGAAGCCUUGGUACCCUAGUUGGUGCAAGAGGCCGACCUUUAACGAUGACUACCUGGCGUCCUUCAACCGGCCCAACGUCACUCUUAUAGACACUGAUGGAAAGGGUAUUGACCGUUUCGACCAAGACGGGUUCGUUGCAAAUGGAGAAAAGUUUGAAAUUGACCUGCUCGUCAUGGGUACUGGGUUCGUUUCCGCCGCUGCACACGAUCCGGCUGAGCGUCAGGACUCCAAGAUCCUGGGCCGAGAUGGUAGAAGCAUUGCGGAAAAAUGGAAUAGCCCAGACUUUGGUACCUUGUUCGGUGUUGCGUCUCAUCAGUUUCCUAACUUCUUCGCAUACCAUCUCCAAGGAUCUGCGCAUACCUACAACAUGACUUCUGCCUUCGAUACUGCGGCGAAGCUGGUUGCUGGGAUCAUUGCGGAAGCUUCUCGAACCGUGCCUAAUGCAGAGAGCUUGGUGAUCGAAGCCACAAAGGAAGGGGAAGAUCGAUACACCGCCGAGGUUAAGAAGCGGUCUCUGGGGGCCUCUACCUUGACCAUCUGCACCCCUGGCUACUUUACUCUUGACGGAGAACUUGCGAAAAAGCCAGAAUCAGCUACGGAAAUCGAUAUGAAGGCUCGCAAGGCGGCCUGGAUGACCGGAAUCAAUGACUUCAAGCGCUUUAUUCGCGAAUUUACUGAUCGAAAGGAUUUAGAAGGAUUCACUGUUAGCGAUGGUGAUGGUAAUGUUGUUCGAUAA